CGCUGCUAAUUCAAAACAUUCAUGCAGGCAGUUGUUGAAUGAAGCAGUUGCACAAACGUUAUUAAACAAUUAUUUACACCAUAACUGUGUACAAUGGCCAACAGAGAUUCACCAACGAGCAUUUUGGCGGAAACCCGAAACCUCCGGCAACGGAUGCGAGCCGCGUAUGAUGUCAAUCAAAACAGUUGCGUUAUCGGAGACAACGCCGCCCAGCUGGAAGCGCUGCGAAGCAAUCUGUUCUCGCUGAUCGAGCAGGCCAAGAUUCGGAUCCACAAGGCCAGCGUGAACCAGGCGGCACCGCUAACGGAGAAGCAGGCCAAGCUGCUGAACGAUGCCAUCUAUUCGAUGAGUUCGAUACUCCGAAAGCAGGAACAGCUUACUACGAUGAAGAACCGGCUGCAGAAAGAAGGCAACGGCGUUAGCGGAGAGGACUUCCAGGAGCAGAUGAACAGCUUGGUGAAGAAGUUGAACGUUAUUUCCAUUGAGAUGGCUAAGCUGAAGCGGGCCAACGAUAAUAUCAUCAACAUUUACUCGAACUAUCAGCUGGAGAAUGAGGAGGAAUGUGACUCUGAAGAGGAGGAGGAUGAUAGCGAUGAGGUUAAUAAUACGAUAUUUAAGCAGCAUUAGAUGUGGGCGUGUGGCCACUGGUCAGUUGAACCAUCUGUAAAUAUUUGUUCAUUUGAAAAUGUGAUGUUAACGAAGAAUAAAUUAUAAUAUGAUCCCAUUAAAAA